AUGGCCACCAACACGGUGGAACCGGGCCCUCUCACGGGCGAGGAGCCCAAGCCAUUGCUAGACAUCAAGACUCCCACCCCUUCUGACAUCGACAUCGCCCAAUCUGUCAAGCCCAAGCACAUCUCACAGAUUGCAGAGGUCAAGCUGGGGCUGUCGCCGGAUGAGUACGAGCUCCAGGGCCCCAGCAAGGCCAAGGUGCGGCUGUCGGUGCUAGACCGCCUGAAAGGCGCGGCCUACGGCAAGUAUGUGGUGGUGGCGGGCAUCUCCCCCACGCCCCUGGGGGAGGGCAAGAGCACCACCACCGUCGGGCUCUGCCAGUCGCUGGGCGCGUACCUGGGCCGCAAGGUCCUCACCUGCAUCCGCCAGCCCAGCCAGGGGCCAACCUUCGGCAUCAAGGGCGGCGCCGCGGGCGGGGGCUACAGCCAGGUGAUUCCCAUGGAGGAGAUGAACCUCCACCUCACCGGGGACAUCCAUGCAAUCACGGCGGCCAACAACCUCCUGUCGGCGGCCAUCGACGCGCGCAUGUUCCACGAGCAGGCGCAGUCCGACGAGGCCCUGUUCAAGCGCCUGUGCCCGACCGACAAGAAGGGCAACCGCGCGUUUGCGCCCGUGAUGCUUCGGCGCCUGAAGAAGCUGGGCAUUGAGAAGACAGACCCCGCUCAGCUGACGCCAGAGGAGGUGUCGGCAUUCGUGCGCCUGGACAUUGACCCCGACAGCAUCACCUGGCGGCGCGUCAUGGACGUCAACGACAGGUUCCUGCGCGGCAUCACUGUGGGCCAGGGCACAGAGGAGCGUGGCCAGGAGCGCAAGACGGGCUUUGACAUCAGCGUGGCCAGUGAGAUCAUGGCCGUCCUGGCCCUCAGCAGCAACCUGUCGGACAUGCGGGAGCGCCUGGGGCGCAUGGUCAUCGGCAACAGCCGCCAGGGCGCCCCCGUCACUGCGGACGACCUGGGCAUUGGGGGGGCCCUCACGGUGCUCAUGCGGGACGCCAUCAUGCCCACGCUGCUGCAGACGCUGGAGGGCACGCCUGUGCUGGUGCACGCCGGCCCCUUUGCGAACAUCGCCCACGGCAACAGCAGCAUCGUGGCGGACGAGAUCGGCCUCAAGCUGGUUGGGGAGGAGGGCUUCGUCGUGACUGAGGCCGGCUUUGGCGCGGACAUUGGUAUGGAGAAGUUCAUGAACAUCAAGUGCCGCGCCAGCGGGCUCAGGCCCAACGCCGCCGUCAUCGUCGCCACGGUGCGCGCACUCAAGAUGCAUGGCGGCGGCGCCCCCGUGGUGGCGGGCACCCCGCUGCCCCACGAGUACCUGACAGAGAACGUUGACCUGGUGACACAGGGCUGCUGCAACCUGGCCCGGCACAUCAAGAAUGCCACGGGCUACGGCAUCCCCGUCGUGGUGGCCAUCAACGCCUUCUCCACAGACAGCCCCGCAGAGCUGGAGGCCGUCAAGUCGGCCGCCCUCGAGGCCGGCGCGUUUGCUGCUGUGGUGACGCGCCACCACUCCCUGGGGGGCGCCGGCGCGGUGGGCCUGGCGCGGGCGGUGGUGGCGGCGUGUGAGCAGCCGACAGACUUCAAGUUCCUGUACGAUGUUGACCUCCCUAUCAAGGACAAGAUCGAGGCCAUUGCGCGGUCGUACGGCGCGGCGGGGGUGUCGUACUCCCCAGAGGCAGAGGCUCAGAUCGCCAAGUACACGGCCAUGGGCUUUGACAAGCUGCCCAUCUGCAUGGCCAAGACGCAGUACAGCUUCAGCCACGACGCCAAGCUCAAGGGUGCGCCCAGCGGCUUCACGCUGCCGAUCCGCGACGUCCGCGCCAGCGCGGGCGCUGGCUUUGUCUACCCCCUGGUGGGCAACAUGAUGACCAUGCCCGGCCUGCCCACGCGGCCCGCAUACUACGACAUCGACAUUGACGCCGCCACGGGGCGCGUCCUCGGCCUGUCGUGA